UCUCUCCUCCAGAACUGGCUUGAUUUUAUUUUUUUGGUAAGCCCCGAUCUCGACAGGGGAGGGGUCUGAUUUCGAUCCCCCCCCUCCCCCGAUUGAAUUUGCUCUAGCGCCGCCAGAAUGCCCCCCGAAAAUAGACCAAAUCAACUCUGGUCCAGACGCGGUGCCACCAGGGAACGAGCCAUCAUGCUGACGAGGCUCUUCAACGAACCCAGCCUGCUCCCCGACGUGCAGAAAUUUCCCGGCUGGGCGGGGGAGUGCGACGAAGAUGAGGGCAGCGAGCCGGAGGAGAGGAAAGGGAAGAGCUGCCCGCUGCAGGAGGAGGCGAGGGAAGGCUCCCUGGGCGAAAACAAAGAGGAAGGGGACCUAGGCGGGGACGAGGAGGAGGAGGAGGAGGAGGAGGAAGGGCUGGAAGAGGCCGAAGGGGACCGGCCCAAGAAGCGAGGCCCGAAGAAGCGGAAGAUGACCAAGGCCCGGCUGGAGCGCUCCAAGCUGCGGCGCCAGAAGGCCAACGCGCGGGAGCGCAACCGCAUGCACGACCUGAACGCGGCGCUGGACAACCUGCGCAAGGUGGUGCCCUGCUACUCCAAGACGCAGAAGCUCUCCAAGAUCGAGACGCUGCGCCUGGCUAAGAACUACAUCUGGGCGCUCUCCGAGAUCCUGCGCUCGGGCAAGCGGCCCGACCUGGUGAGCUACGUGCAGACGUUGUGCAAGGGCCUGUCGCAGCCCACCACCAACCUGGUGGCCGGCUGCCUGCAGCUGAACUCGCGGAACUUCCUCACGGAGCAAGGCCAGGAGGGCGGGCGGUACCACGGCCCCAACUCCUCCUUUGCGCUGCACCCCUACCCCUACCCGUGCGCGCGGCUGUCGGGCGCGCAGUGCCAAUCCAGCACCAUGGCCAGCUCCCACGCCUUGCGGACACAUGCCUACUGCGCCACCUACGAGACCCUCUAUGGGAACGCGUCCCCCGACUACAACAGCUCGGAGUACGACGCCCCCCUCAGCCCGCCCCUGUGCAUUAAUGGCAACUUUUCCCUCAAGCAGGACUCGUCCCCGGACCACGAGAAAAACUACCACUAUUCUAUGCAUUACUCCGCCCUGCCCAGCUCCCGGCCGGCCGGCCACAACUUGGUGUUUGGCUCCUCCGCCAUGCGCGCUGGGGUGCACUCCGAGAACAUCUUGCCUUACGACAUGCACCUGCACCACGAGCGAGGCCCCAUGUACGAAGAGUUGAAUGCCUUCUUCCACAAUUAACCCCCCUUGUGACCACCCCGACCGCCCCCCCUCACCGCCACUGCACAUAGCAACCCCCCCCCCCACUUCCAUUCUGUCCUAGGGUUUAAAUGUUGCCUCCUUCACCCCAAAACUGUGAACGUACAAUUGUUAGGUGUCUCCCUGUAACACACACACACACACACACACACACACAAAGCUCAACUUAAAACUGUCUGUGAACCAGUCUCCCUUUUAAUUAUCCCCCCAGAGAGCAGACCAGAACAGAGUAUACACUGAAAAGAAAAUUUACUUUGGUGCAAUAUAUAUAUAUGAUGUAAAAAAUGUUUAUUAUUUAAAAAAAAAGCUAACCUUCGGGGUUGCAGUCGAUUGAAACAAUGUCUAUUUUGGACAAAUGGAAAGAAGGUUUCAGGGAGAAAAAAUGGAAAAUGAUGCUCCUCUCCCCCUCCCCCCGAUCAUUUUUAAAGAGCAAAAUGUUGCUAGUAAAAAAAUGGGGAGAAAAGUGGAGAAAUAAAGCAAAUUUUCCUCCCCCCUCCCACAUAAAAUAUAUGUUUGGCUACACAUCAAAGUACAUUUUAAACCAGGCCAGCCCAUUUGGGUUUUUAAUUAAUUCCUUCGUUUAAAUUCAAGAUGCUUUUAGAAGGGGUUAUCUCAGAAAGGGGGAAUUCUGUAUUCUUUCCGACGAUUAAAUAUAAGAUCCCACGGAAGUGUAACUAAGAAAAAAAUGUUUGCAACUUCAAAUCAGCAUUUCAAUGCAGUGAGAACUUUUAGAAGCAAUAAAGAGGCAAACAGAAGAUUAAUCUAUAUAUAUAUAUCUAUGCAAGUAGGUACUGAACUAGAAAAGUAAAACACAAAAGAAUUCAUAUGGAAUAUUAGACUAUGGACCAAGCAACUUGUUGAGGUUAAAAAGGUGCACUUUUUGAUUUGAAGGGAACGGAAUGUUUAUGUUCCUUUCAUUGUUAACAAUCAGUGACUUCCGCGUUUUUGAACACCCUUGUACCACAAGUAACAUAUUUUCCAAAUUGUGUGUCAUGAUGUUUUUUACCUGUUUUAAAAACUUUUAAAAAAGAGGAAAAAAAGAUUUCUAUGAAAUGGCAAAAAUGUUUUGUUAUGCAUGGGUAGGAGCAAAAAAAAUGCAAAUAUGCAAAUUAUAAAGGUGGUGUGAAGAAAGCACUUAUUAUGCUAUAUAUUUUAGUUGGCUAUUUUUCCUAUAAUGAGUAACCUUUAAGUUAUUUCUUUAUGUAAUGCAUUUUGGGGGGAGGGAGGGGAAAUUUGUGUAAGGAAUACAUCCGUAUAAAAAUAUGAUCUCAAGACCCAAACUGAUAUAUCCUGGAAUUAUUUUUGGUGCAUCAGUCUAAGUUGUUUCAUUAUUAGUUAUUCCGAUUUUAACGCAUCAUUUAAAUCAGGAAACAUUAUGAAAUAUUUUAAACCUGCCUACAACACCUUUAAACAUACCAGCAUUUUUAAAUACAAGAGAGGAAGAGAAUUUCUGAUAAAUGUUUUAAAAAAAGUUUUACAAAAAAAAAUUGUAGCAAAGGUGAAAAUGUCUAUCAGACACCAGAAGUGCUUUUUGUGUUUCUGUUCCGUUUAAUUAAGAUUAAUAAAUAUUUAUGUCAAAUGAUAUGCAAAAGAACAGACAGUUUCUUACAAUGAUGUAAUUUUUAAUCAGUAUUGGUUUGCUGUAAUCAUUCACACAAAGUCUCUCGGUUUUCCAUACGCCCCAAAGUUAUUCUUCAUUUUCGAUAGCGUCCUAAGGCAGAUCUUAAAGGCAUCCAAAUUUUUAUUUUCCCUUACAUCUUUCUGACACUAUCUUUCAAAAGUGAGAUCAAAAAAUGUAAGCAAACGAAACAGAGGCUGAGAAACUUACCAGAAACUAGUGUGUGUGUGGGGGGUGGGGGGUGCUUACAAGCUAGAGAGGUUUACAAAGUAAAUAAAUAAAUUGCAUGCAUCAGUAUAAAAAAGAAAUAUUUUUCCAGACUCUAAACUCGUAUUCAAUUGGAUGUUUUAAGUAUUACUCACAGUGGAAAAUUCCACUAGAGCUGAUCUCUUCUGUGAAAUGCACCAGUAUACUCAUUUGACGUUAAGAGCAGCCGUCAGUUGUGAUUUGAUUCAAAAGUGUAAUUAACAAGCGU